GGCGCUGCCUCGCAAUUAUCGCGGCUGCGUAAAAAAAAGAUUAAUCUGUCAGAGAAGAAUUUGGCUCGGGAUGAGGCACUGACGUCCAUCUAAGCAUAACGAACGAUUGGAAAAGAUGAUUAUUGCAUAAAGCAUUUAUCAAACCGAUGCUCCGUGAUAGCAGGUGGUACUGGUAGCCUCGUUUACAUCGCGCAGGAUCUGGACCUGGCGCUGUUGCUUAUUUCCUGCCGCUUCAGAACUGGACAGCGACAGUAACUGGUUUGCUUGGACAUUGAAAACGCCAAGGGAACCUUGAGAAAGGUCAAUUCGACCCUUGCUUGGCUCGGGGCAAUGCGCGGCUAGAUGACUUCACAACAUCUACAAGUACGGUAGGCUGUACAAUAUAGCACCGCAUCCCCCCCGAUCUCCAUUCUUUGAUCUCGAGUCCCCAGUCUGCAGACACCAUGGGUAACCGUGGAAUGGAGGACCUCAUCCCGAUGGUCAACAAGCUCCAGGAUGCUUUCAGUACCAUCGGUCAGAGCUGCAAUCUUGAUCUGCCUCAAAUCGCAGUGGUUGGCGGUCAGAGCGCUGGCAAGAGCUCCGUGCUCGAGAACUUUGUAGGCAGGGACUUCCUGCCCCGUGGCUCUGGGAUUGUCACCCGUAGGCCCCUCGUCCUGCAGCUCAUCAGUGCCAAUGCAGAAUGGGCCGAGUUCCUCCACUGCAAAGGGAAGAAGUUCACCGACUUUGACGAGGUUCGCCAGGAGAUUGAGGCGGAGACCGACCGCAUCACCGGAGCCAACAAGGGCAUCUCUCCGGUCCCUAUCAACCUGCGGGUUUACUCCCCCCACGUGCUGAACCUGACCCUGAUCGACCUGCCCGGCAUCACCAAGGUGCCAGUGGGCGACCAGCCGGUGGAUAUUGAGCAGCAGAUCAGGGAUAUGAUCAUGCAGUUCAUCUGCAGGGAGAGCUGCCUGAUCCUGGCCGUCACCCCGGCCAACAGCGACCUGGCCAACUCGGACGCCCUCAAACUGGCCAAAGAUGUGGACCCCCAGGGCCAGAGGACCAUUGGGGUGAUCACAAAGCUGGACCUGAUGGACGAGGGCACGGACGCCCGGGAGAUUCUGGAGAACAAGCUGCUGCCUCUUCGUCGAGGCUACAUCGGCGUGGUGAACCGCAGUCAGAAGGACAUUGAUGGACGGAAGGACAUCAAAGCAGCCCUGGCAGCUGAGAGGAAGUUCUUCCUGUCUCACCCGUCCUACAGACACAUGGCUGACGGCAUGGGGACCCCUCGCCUGCAGAAAAUACUCAACCAGCAACUGACCAACCACAUCCGAGACACCCUGCCGGCGUUCCGCAGCAAGCUGCAGACCCAGCUCCUCGCUCUGGACAAGGAGGCCGAGGAAUACCGCCACUUCCGCCCAGACGACCCCUCCCGCAAGACUAAGGCCCUUCUGCAGAUGGUGCAGCAGUUCUCCGUGGACUUUGAGAAGAGGAUCGAGGGCUCAGGAGACCAGGUGGACACGGUGGAGCUGUCCGGCGGAGCCAAGAUCAACCGCAUCUUCCACGAGCGCUUCCCCUUUGAACUGGUCAAGAUGGAGUGUGAUGAGAAAGAGAUGCGUCGGGAAAUAAGUUACGCCAUUAAGAACAUCCAUGGUAUCAGGACUGGCCUGUUCACUCCAGACAUGGCCUUUGAGGCCAUUGUGAAGAAGCAGAUAGUGAAACUGAAGAAGCCCUGCAUCCAGUGUGUAGACAUGGUCAUCCAGGAGCUCAUCAAUACUGUUCGCCAGUGCACCAACAAGCUGGAGUCUUUCCCCAGGCUGCGUGAGGAAACCGAGAGAAUUGUGACCUCUCACAUCCGAGACAGAGAGAGCAGGGCCAAGGACCAGGUUUUGUUGCUGAUUGAUGUCCAGCUGUCCUACAUCAAUACCAACCAUGAAGACUUCAUUGGCUUUGCUAAUGCUCAGCAGAGGAGCAGCCAGACCAACAAGCAGAGUUCAGCAACCAACCAGGUCAUCCGCAAGGGUUGGCUGACCAUCAGUAACAUCAGCAUCAUCAAGGGAGGAGCCAAGGAGUACUGGUUUGUGCUGACUGCCGAGAGCCUGUCCUGGUUCAAAGAUGACGAGGAGAAGGAGAAGAAAUACAUGCUCCCUCUGGACAACCUGAAGGUCCGCGACAUUGAGAAGAGCUUCAUGUCCAGCAAGCACAUCUUUUGCAUUUUCAACACUGAGUCGAGGAACGUGUACAAGGACAAUCGCUCCUUGGAGUUGGCCUGUGAUACACAGGAUGAGGUCGACAGCUGGAAGUCCUCCCUUCUGCGUGCGGGAGUUUACCCCGAGAAGAUUGCUACCGUGGACACGGAGAGCACCACCACCACAGAGAACUUCUCCAUGGACCCCCAGCUGGAGCGGAAGGUGGAGACCAUCCGUAACCUGGUGGACUCCUACAUGGCCAUCGUCAACAAGUGCAUUCGUGACCUCAUGCCCAAGACCAUUAUGCACCUCAUGAUCAUUAAUGUGAAGGACUUCAUCAACGCAGAGUUGCUGGCCCAGCUGUACUCGGCCGGGGACCAGAAUGCCCUGAUGGACGAGUCCCAGGAGACGGCCCAGAGGAGGGAUGAGGUGCUGCGGACCCACCACUCCCUGAAGGAGGCCCUGUCCAUCAUAGGAGACAUCUCCACCACCACCAUCUCCACACCACUGCCCCCGCCCGUGGACAACUCCUGGUGUCCCUCAGCAGCCGGCCGCAAGUCUCCCCCGGCCAGCCCGACCGCUCCGAGGAGGAUGUCGUCGGGCCAGCGUCCCGCUGCUCGAGGGGCCCCACUCCCUCCCAACCGCCCAGGGCCCCUGGGCCCCUUCAACAACACCGCUGACAGCCCCCAGGUUCCCAGCCGCCCCAACCGUGCUCCUCCCAGCAUCCCCAGUCGGCGACCCCCACCCUCUCCAACAAGACAAGCUCCCCCAUAAUCAUCCAAUGGGGUUCUUUCUUGUGAGCUUUGCCCUCCCUCUCUGUCCAUCAACCCUGCCCCCCAUAUUAAAUAUACUCUACCCCCUAGUCCCUUAAUGUAGACACUGAGCCCCUUUGCCCCCUGAUCACUGUACCCCCUCCCGGCCAGGUGAUGACGUCCACGUGUCUAUGUACAGUAUGGUGCUUGUCUUGUGGUGUAUCUUUAUGUGUGCUUGUGCUCGCCUGUGACCCAGGAUUGCUUAGCAAAUCCAGUUCUGAGUACCAGCCCUGCCCCCCGCCAUCGUUUCCUGCCCCCCUCCCCCUUUACACUAACCUUGACCCAACUUGCUUCUUCAUAUCUCUCAGCAGAGGCACUGCCCUACCCUAUUCCAAAAUGCAGCAUGGCACAUAGGCUGCUUUUAUUGCAUGUUUGUGUGUGGGUGUGUGUGUGUGUCUGUGUGUGUGUCUGUGUGUGUGUGUGCGUGUGCGUGGGGGGGGGGGUGACUAAUUUGCCUAUAAGUAGGCUACGUUUGUUUUAGUAUAUUACAUAUAUUAUACAACGCCCCAUGUGUGUUAUUGACUUGAUGUUCAAUUAGCAAUGAAAGGUUUGUGUUAGAAUGUGUGUGUUGGUGGGCGUGUGUGUGUGUAAUAUAUACAGUAUAAUUCUACAUAUAUAUGAUAUGUGUACGGGUGAGUGUGUGCUGACACAUGUGCAUGUAUCGUCUGUCUGCACGUUGUUGACGUUUCUAUUGUGUUUCUUUUCAUGGUCAAAGCUGUUAAUAAAUCAUGACCCUUGAGAGUAAUUUGAUGUUGGAUUUUUGUGAGUUUCUGUGUGUAGUAACAGCCAUAUGCACAUAACAAGACUGGGAAGCAAAUUCAGUAUGUCUUUAAGAAGAAAUGCAUUUCAAUGCAUUUAUAAUGCAUUUUUAUCAUAUGUGGAUGCCUGUGCUGUGUCACUGGUCAAGUUGCAAAUCUCUCACUCUUAAGCUCAAACUCACACUCGCUCACUGGACAGAAAUGCUCCGGACACCUCAAGAAAAGGAGAAUUUUGAUCUUGCUUCUAACAUGGCAGGUUACAAAUGUCUCUUUGUGUGAGAAACAUUGAAAGAAGUCCACAUAGCUUUUUCCUCAGGUUGGAUGCAUAUCACAAGCCAUUUCUUUCCCAUCUAUAACCUCCCUGCCCUCCACCACUUCUGAGCUAUGGGUCCAGUCAGCCUAUGUGUCUGAGCUUAAGGUGGUUUCGUCAGUGUAAAGUGCUCUCUGUCAGUUUGUUCAUGUGUAUGUGAGCCGUCCUCUAUUGAAACACUGUUCUGCUGUAUGUAGAUAUUAAUAAGGAGGUAUAACUAUUGACUAUAAUGACCUCACUAAGAUCUAGUGCUUAUCGUUCUCUAUGUCUCUAUUGAUACACUCUCUUCUCUAAAUUAGACUGCCUUAUUGGCAUGGAUACGUAUUGCCAAAGCUAACUAUAGAAAGACUCAUACAGUGUCAUGCAACAUACAUGUUUCCUAGUUAUAUGAUGAGAUCGUCUGAGGAGGACAUAGAUAUUACUUUGAAUUGGGGGAAAUUAAUCAGUUGUAACUUGCUGUGUAUCUGUAUCUCUCUCAAA